AUGGUUGGCCAGGGAAGUAAAAGUGCAUUUCUUGUUCAUAUUGGUACAACAUCUUCAUCAUAUCAUAAUGGCUGUAAGAGAAGAGUUGAAAAUCUAAUGAAAUCAACUCAACAUAUUGAUAAGGUAAUGCACGCUAUAUCAAGUGAGGAAAAACAAAAAAAUCGUUUGUGUCUAUUGACCACAAUUAUGAGUGUUCGAUGGCUAGCACUUCAAGUUUGUUCAUUUAUAGGCAAUGAUGAAUCUCCAUCUUCACUGAAUUGUGGGAAUUUUCUUGAAAUGGUAGAUGGAUUAGGAAAAAUGAAUACAAAAAUAGGAGAAGUUAUGUUGGGCAAUACUUCAAAAAAUGCUACAUACACGUCUCUAGACAUUCAAAAAGAGAUUUUGAGCAUUAUGGCUAAUAGAGUAAGACAUAGAAUCCUUAAAGAACUUGGAGAUGCAAAGUUUAGUAUUCUUGUUGAUGAAGCACGAGAUGCAUCUUCACAAGAACAAAUGACCAUUAUCUUGAAGUUUGUAAAGGUGCAAAACAUGAGAGGUCAAGGGUAUGAUGGUGCUAAUAAUAUGCGUGGUGCUUGGAAUGGAUUACAAGCAUUAUUUCUUAGAGAUUGUCCAUAUGCAUAUUAUGUCCAUUGUUUUGCCCAUAGUUUACAACUCACGUUGGUUUCAGCAGCUAGGAAUGUCGCAGUUAAUAAUUCAUUCUUUUCAGAUUUGGAUAAUGUUAUUAAUAUGAUUACAUCAUCUCCGAAGCACAUCAAUGAGUUGAAAAGUACUCGUUGGUCUUCUCAUUACAACUCUGUAAAGAGUUUGAUUGAUAUGUAUGCUGCAACUUGCAAAGUACUUGAGUAUCUUAGUGAUCAUUCUCCAAAUUUGUGCUUUGUCAAGCCCUUCAAAAAAAAAAAAACUCAAGACAUCCUAACUGUUAUGAGAUUUGUCCAUACUGCAAAAACCAUCAUUCAAGAAUUGAGAGAAAAUGGCUGGGAAGAAUUUCUUGAAGAGGUGAAUUUUUUUGCUGGAAAAAUGAUAUACAUAAACCCGACUUUCAUGGUUCAUACAUGGUUGGUCGUUCUCGUGGUCGUGAGUAUCCUACCAUCGAACAUCAUUACCAUUUUGAUAUUUUUAAUGCAACCAUAG